CAGGUAAUCGCGGCGGCAGACCCACGAUGGCGAAGAAGGGGAAGAAAGGCAAGAAGGGCAAGAAGGAGGAAGCGCCGCCUCCAGAAGAGCCAUCAGAAUACGAUACCAUGGACGUUGAGAUGCUGAAAGAAGUCACUCAAAUGCUGCGGCAGCAGCUGGACAAGUCUCAGAUCGACCGCAACUACGUCCAACACGAGCGGGACACCAUUCAAUCCUUCUACGACAUAACACGUCGCGAAGUCGAGACCCACGACAUGGAAAUCAUGGGAAAGGACCGUGAAAUGGAGAUGAUGGAGGACAACCACAGGGUCGAAGUGCGGGUGUACAUUCAAAAAGUGAAGCAUUUGGAAUAUGAGCACAAAAACAACUUGAAACGGGUCAAGGCGGACGGUCUGUCGCACAUCGACGAGGAAGGAGACAUGCACGUGCACCGUGAACACAAGCUGAAGGGGGCCAAGCAGAGUUUGAAACUCGAGCUCAAGGAGCGCGAACUGAGCAACGAAGAUGAGAUCGAACAGAUGAAGCAGUCGCACGAGAAGAACCUGCUCAAGUUGCGCGAGCAAUUUGAGAAAAACAAUGCGGCGCUGGAGGAGCGUUUGCAAACCCGCCUCGAGCAGCUCCAAGAGGAUUUGGAGUUGCGGCGCAAGGUCGACAUCCACGAAAUCGAAGAGCGCAAGAACUUGCACAUUAACGACUUAAUGAAGAACCACGAGCGCGCGUUCACCCAGAUGAAAAACUACUACAACGACAUCACUAAAGACAACUUGCGCCUCAUCGACUCACUCAAGCGCGAGAUCAGCGACAUGAAGAAGAAAGCCACGGCCAACGCGAAGCUCAUGCAUGACAUCUCGCACGAAAAUAAACGAUUGAGUGAGCCGCUGGCUGCGGCGGUGCAAGAGGUCGAGCGCCUCAAGCAUGGACUCAAGGACGAGCAAAAGGACCGCCUGAGUCUGCGCAACGCCAAGGCGCGAUUGGUGCUGCUAGAGAAGCAGCUUGUGGACCUUCGAAAGAAACACCAGAGCCUCACGCAAGCGUACAAGACGAUGGAAGCGAGCCGGAAUGCGCUGUACGACUCGUUUGAGCACACGAUUCACAGCGUCCAAACCAAGUGCGAGUACAAGAACUUGGUCCUGGAGCAACGAUUGAGUGCGUACGGGGAACAGCACAACAAGAAACAGGCGCAGCUCGACGAAAUCCUCAUGGCGGCCCAUCUCGAAAGCGGAGAAGUCGCCCGCGUGACGGAGAAACUCGAUACGCUGCUGACUACCAAGAACACCAAGAUCCGAGACCUGCAAUAUCAAGUCGCCAAGGCGAGCAAGGCGUACAACGAUGCUCUGCGGACGUACGAAAGCAAGAUGCGCGACUUUGGGCUGCCCGACGAAGACAUCCGAACCCUCGGGUUCACUCCAUUGCUCACGGCAACGAGUGUCGGCCCGGCGGGGCUUCUGACCAAGUGAAUGCCACCUUUUUCAAAUGUUCGAUUCAUUAAGUUUGGGAGUGUGAAAGCGUUGCAAAAAGUCAAUUAAACUGUUAUAAGCAAUCAAGAAUGACUUCGA